AUGUUUUGUGCAAUUAGUGGUAAACCACCACUACAUCCAGUUGUAUCAAAUAAAAGUAAAUGUUUAUUUGAAAAAUCCUUAUUAGUUCAAUACGUAAAUGAAAAUGGUGUUGAUCCAAUAACUAAAGUUUCAAUGACACCCACUGACAUUAUAGAGAUCGAUUUAACUGCAUCGAAUUCUAAUACUAACGUAUUAAAUUCAUCAACUUUAAACACAAAUUAUUCUAUCCCAAAUCUUUUAUCUACUUUACAAAAUGAAUGGGAUGCAAUAAUGCAAGAAAAUUUCUUAUUAAGACAAAAAUUAGAUAUCUUAUCUAAAAAUUUGUCACAAGCUCUAUAUGAACGAGAUGCUGCAAAAUUAAUUGCUGCUAAAUACAUGAGUGGUGGGCAUGUACCAAAGGUUAAUAAUAAUAAUAAUAAUAAUAGCAUUACUACCACUGAUGAUAAUAACCCUAAUAGUAACAAUAUCAAUGUUGGAUUAAAAUUAGAUGUAAAUGAUUUAAUUGAAAGAUCAAAGCAGUAUAUGAUAACAACAAAACCAAUUAUCAAAAAGAUUGCUCUUCUACAAAAAAAUAUUAUUAAUAAUGUUGGUUCUUAUGAAUCCAUUAAACUUAUCAAAUCAAUAUCAGCUAAAUAUCCUGGUCUUAUACCCAUAUCCACAUAUCCUCUGAAAAGUGUAACUGACACAUUUAAUAAUUAUAGCACAUUGAUUUCAACCGAUGAUAAUGCUGGUCUAUAUAUUAUAUCUUUAAAAGAGGAUAAAUUUAUCAAUUUUUCUAACUUUACAACAUCUUAUCUAUACUUUGUCCCAGAUCAAGAUUCAAUACUUUUCAUUGAAAAGGAUGAAACCAAUAUAUGUACACUUUAUAACAUACAAGAUCAUUCUAAAUAUUCAUGUAAAUUGGAAAAUGAAUCGAUUAUAGGAAUGUUUUACACUGACGGAGUAUAUGAUGAGCAACCAAACGAUUCUUCUAGCCAAAAAAAAUUAGGUUUUAAUUACUUAGUGGCGUGUUCUUCGGGAAAUAUUUAUUUGAUUAAUAAUAACCAGCCAUAUCUACUUGUUAAACAGCGCAUUGAAUCAAGACAAAUGGCUGAAUUCAUUGGAUCCUCAUUGCAUAAGGAUGCCCUUCUAAUGGCUGUUUUUAAUACAAAAGAGAUUUUCUUAUUGACCAUAAGUGAUACCUCGACCCCUCCUAUUCAAGUACCCCUUAAUGAUGAUCAAUUUGAAACCAUUAAAUCUGUCAAGUUUUCUUCGAAUGGUUAUUGGUUGUUUGUAUUUACUAAUACUGGUAUAAUCACAUUUGACCUAAGAAAAUCACCAAUGCCGUAUUUUUCAUUAAACAUCAAUGCAAAUAAUAAUAAAAAUAAUAGUGAUAAUGGUAAUCACAUAGAAUGCGAUGUCCUUCCAUCGGGUAAACUUAUGACAGCAUUCGAUAAUAUAACCAAGAUUGUGAAAUUUUAUAAAUAUGAAAAGACUUCAAAUCAGUGGAUUAUUAUAAAGGAGUUGAAAUUUAAUGAUUUAUGCGAUACGAAUGAUACAUACAAAUUCAAUUUAUUAUAUUCUAAUGAACAAGUGGGCUGUCUUCUUUACGGUUCUAAUAGCGUACAUAAAUAUAUCUUUGAAUAA